AUGAGGUUUGCAUCUCUCGUCAGUCUUGCUUUGAGCUGGCAAUCGGCUAUAGUUUGGUCCUGUGGUGGUCAUGGACAGGAGCUCAAGCAUUGGAGUCAAGAGGAACUGGAUGAGUUAGAGCGUAAAUGGGGCAUUGAGGUAAGCCUGACAAUUUGCGCUGAUUCACGACAGUGGGGAUUCACCGGCAUUGGCUCCUUUGCGCACUUGAAAUACGUCAAGUGCCUCACGACACCCAGCGAGCUGUUCGAUAUAGCCAUCAUCGGAGCGCCAUUCGACACGGCUGUGAGCUACCGUCCAGGUGCCCGCUUCGGCCCUCGUGCCAUCCGCCACGCCAGCUCCCGCCAGACCUCCUUCCGGGGCUUCAACACGCGCGCCGGCAUCAACCCAUACCAGAACUGGGCCACCAUCCUGGACUGCGGCGACAUCCCCGUGGUCCCGAUCGACAACGCCGUGGCCCUGAGGCAGAUGACGGCCGCGUUCGAGGAGCUCGGGUCCCGCCCGCCGCUGUCGCCCGUCCACAGCAAGCCCAAGCUCAUCACGCUGGGCGGCGACCACAGCCUGGCCCUGCCGGCGCUCCGGGCCCUGCGGCCGCACUACCCGGGCCUGCGCGUCCUGCACUUCGACGCCCACCUCGACACCUGGCACCCGGCCAAGUACCCAUCGGCCUGGGAGAGCACGCAGGCCCACUUCAACCACGGCUCCAUGUUCUGGCUCGCCGGCAACGAAGGGCUGCUGUCCAACUCGUCCGCGCGCCCAAACGUGCACGCCGGCCUCCGCACGAGGCUGUCCGGAGAUGACUACAGCGACUACGACGACGACACGGCCCAGAACUGGGCCCGCAUCAGCGCUGACGACAUGGACGACCUCGGCACCGCCGGCAUCGUCAAGUCCAUUAUGGAGACCCUCGGCACCGAGGACCCCGUCUACCUCAGCCUGGAUAUCGACGUGCUGGACCCGGCCUUUGCGCCCGGCACGGGAACCCCCGAGCCCGGCGGCUGGACCACCAGGGAGCUGAUCCGCGUCCUCAGGGGCAUCGAGGGCCUGAACCUCGUCGGCGCCGACGUUGUCGAGGUCAGCCCCGCGUAUCAGGGCGCCGGGGAGGAGACGGCGCUAGCGGCUGCGCAGGUCGUGUUCGAGGUGCUGAGCAGCAUGGUGAAGAAGGGCCGGGAGGGAAUGGCGAAGAUUCCCGGCGCGGAGGCUGGCAUAGGGGGCAAGGAUGAGUUGUAG